CGAGAAUGACCCGUUCUUGAGUCUGCUGGAGCAGUUGGCAGAGAACGAGCAUUCGCAGGGCGGGCCCAGUGAGCUGGAUUUCUUCCUGGCGGAGGGACUGGAGCCGGUGGCGGUUCCGGGGGAGGCGGAGAGCGGAGCCGGCCUGAGCAUGACGGAUGGAUUGGAGGACGCCGACUGAUAGAUACCCUACCCUGUACAUUACCUCUCGCUCGUACAUAGCCCUACCACUGCAUGCGUAUAGCAGGCGCAGCUUCAUCGCUCCAUCGUGGCCCGCUGGCUGGCGGAUCACCUGACAUGACAUCAUCACGACAUGCGGGACGGCAUACCAGCACGCGGCAGACAGUAUCUUUCCCCAACUCAACUCACCUCGCCUCGAAUGUCGAAUGUCGAAUGUCGAAUGUCUAAUCCCGGACGGCCUCCCCACGAGACCGACCAUUAUGGACCACCACAUCGACACGUUCGCCACCAAAAACCACUGGACCCAGGGUUCGCCGACCCGGCCCUUCACGGGCAUCAUCCGGCUGUACAUGGCCGAUCAGCUGUCGGCGGAAACGGCAGCCCGGGAGAUUGUCAGCGUUGUCAAUGAAGUCUACUACAAUAGCGAGAGUGCGCUCGUGGAAGACAACCUCCUCGACCUGUGGCGGUCCGUCGUGCAUACAUCGCGCAUCCUCCCGCGAUGUAUAUGCAGCUCCCUGCACUAUCAGAACCCAUAUCCUCCCCACCCUCACGAUCCCCUCACCACCACUUCCGCCCCCAUCAAGAUCAAGACCAAUGCCCCUAAUCUUAAUGCCUCCUGUCCCUGUCCCAAAACCACCCCCCUGCAACACAAGCUCCUUGCCCUCCUGCACCUUCUCACCGAGACUCCGACCACCGACCCCAUCCCCUCGACCCUUCUCCCCACCAAGGACACCACGCCUGAUGAAGAUGCCAGCGACAGCGACAGCGAACGUGGCUACGGCUAUCGCUACCACCCCUCCCUCUCCCCCUACCUAGGCUCCACCGUAUUCUCCCCGUUCCGCCACCCCCACGCGUCCUCCUCGUCCUCCUCCUACUUCUCCUCCUCGUCCACCACCACCACCAGGCCCAGCCGACGUAACGCCCACCCGGACCCCGAAACCAAAGUCCGCCACAAGCGCGGCAUUCUCUGGCCCUCCCUCCCGUUCUUUGGGACGGUAGUCGGCGAAGCAUUCCUCGAUUCCCCGGGCGGUCUCUUCUGCUAUUACCACUCCGCCAACCCUUACCCCUACCCCUACCAGCCAAACGAGCACAUCGACGAAGACACCGACCACCGAGAAAUCAUCCUCACCGGCUUCUCCCCGCCGGAAACCGAAGCCUGGAUGAACCUGAUGACCUUCCUCGCCCUGAUGGGCGCGGAGGGCAUCUGGACCGGCUCCGUCAUCGAGGACGUAGCGGGCGGCGUAUUAGGUGGUGCCAUCGAGAAGGGCUUCUCGCUUCUCCCUCCCCCGCCUCCGCCCCCACUGCCUCUCCCCUCAUCCUCUUCCUCCCCAUGCGGUGGAGAUAGACCCGCAAGCACGUCCAUCUCCACAGACACGCACACAAACCUAACACUCAACAACUCCAACGACAACCCGCCCCUCCGCCAAAUGGUCAUGGAUCUCGGUGUCGCCUGCGCAGGCAUCUGGGGCGUGGUCUUCGGGGAAGAUCUUUGGCGAAGGCGAGGGGAGGGCCAGACGGGCCUGAAUCGGGAUCUGGUGGUGGGGAUCUCGUUGGAUACGUCGGCGGCGGAAAGGCAGAGGCAGAGAGAAGCCGAAGAAGGGGAGGGGCUGGGGAAGGGACUGGCUAUUCCGCGGGAACGGUGGGAGCUGUGGAUUGGGCGGUUGAGGGGGUUUAGUGAGAUGCGCGGGUUGAGGGUCGAGACGAGGCGUGUCGCGGCGGAGGCGGCGGGGGUUAUGGAGAGGGCGUGGGGGGACGGCGAGGGCGAGGGGGGCUCCCAUCCAUGGGUUGCGGGCGUGUUCACGGCCCCCUUCUUUAUCCCGCUCAGCUUGUAUCUGUACACUUACGGCGUGGUGGCGCCUAUACUUGCCGCCGUGGAAUCAUAA